AUGUUUGCUCAACGUUUUACUAGUAUAGUAUCACGAAGAUAUGUAUCAACAGUUGCUGAUCUCUAUAAAGGACUGAUUAAUGGUGAUCGAGGUUGUUUAGCAAGAAGUAUUACAUUAGUAGAAUCAACUCAUCACGAAAAACAACAAAAAGCAAAGGAAUUACUUGGUCAAGUUUUACAAGAACUUAAACAACGACAAGAAAAACAACCAAAGACACCGAUUAGUUUUAGAAUAGGUUUAUCCGGAAGCCCUGGUGCUGAAAGUUUAAAUGAUGAAGACAAUAAUAUUUUUUUUCUAGGAAAAUCAACUUUUAUCAAUGUUUUUGGUCGAUUUUUGAUAAAUCAAGGACAUAAAGUAGCUGUAUUAACUGUUGAUCCAUCAUCAUCUACUACUGGAGGUUCGAUUCUCGGUGAUAAAACACGAAUGUUGGAUCUGUCACGCGAACCAAAUGCAUAUAUUCGUACAUCACCAUCAGCUGGUACAUUAGGUGGUGUGACUCGAACAACAAAUGAUGCUAUUGUUCUCUGUGAAGCUGCUGGUUAUAAUAUUAUUCUAGUCGAAACUGUUGGUGUUGGACAGUCUGAAUUUGCUGUUGUAGAUAUGGUUGAUAUGUUCUGUGUUUUACUUCCACCAGGAUCAGGCGAUGAAUUACAAGGUAUGAAAAAAGGAAUUAUGGAAUUAGUCGAUUUAGUAAUUAUAACAAAAGCUGAUGGAGAAUUAAUGCCAGAAGUUCGUCGUCUACAAACUGAUUGGUCAAGUGCUCUUAGAUUAAUGCGUCGUCGUUCUCCACAUUGGAAACCGAGGGUCAUAUCGGUUUCGUCACGUACAAAUACUGGUAUUGAUAAAUCUUGGGAACAAAUGUUACAGUUUGAAACUGCAAUGAUUAAAUCAGGUGAAUUUAUGACUAAACGUUCUCAACAACUUCGAAAAUGGAUGUGGAAUAAUGUAAAAGAUCGAAUACUUGAACAAUUUUUGGACGAUGAAGAUAUAAAAAAAGCAAUUCAAACUUACGAAGAACGUGUUACUCGUGGACUUAUAACACCAUUUGUAGCUGCUGAUGCUAUUUUGACUCUUUUUGCCAAAGUAAAACUGGACAAUAAUACAUAA